AUGGCUGUUGGAAAAAACAAGCGCUUGUCGAAGGGCAAGAAGGGAAUCAAGAAGAGAACUGUUGAUCCCUUUACCAGGAAGGAUGAGUACUCCGUGAAGGCUCCCUCGACCUUCCAGAUCCGAGACGUCGGGAAGACCCUUGUCAACCGUACCAGCGGUCUUAAGAAUGCGAACGAUUCCUUGAAGGGCCGCAUUUUCGAAGUCUCUCUCGCGGAUCUCCAAAACGACGAAGACCAUGCCUUCCGCAAGGUCAAGCUCCGCGUUGAUGAAAUCCAAGGAAAGAACUGUCUCACCAACUUCCACGGUCUUGACUUCACCACCGACAAGCUACGAUCCCUUGUGCGCAAAUGGCAGUCACUUAUUGAGGCCAACGUCACCGUGAAGACAACCGAUGACUAUCUUCUACGCCUGUUCGCAAUCGCCUUUACCAAGAGACGUCCCAACCAGAUCAAGAAAACCACAUACGCUCGCUCGUCCCAGAUCCGCGCUAUCAGGAAGAAGAUGACCGAAAUUAUGCAACGGGAGGCCUCGAGCUGUUCUCUUUCCCAGCUUACGACAAAGCUCAUCCCCGAGGUUAUUGGCCGCGAAAUCGAGAAGGCAACACAGGGAAUCUAUCCCCUUCAGCAUGUCCACAUUCGCAAGGUUAAACUUCUUAAGGCGCCCAAGUUUGAUCUCGGUGCACUGCUCAACCUGCAUGGUGAGUCAACCACCGAUGACAAGGGUCAGAAGGUGGAGAGGGAGUUCAAGGAACAGGUUCUGGAAACUGUUUGA